CUCAUCAAUGGCGGGAAGCAAAUAACCGUUAGGCCAACAGAAUUUCAAACUUUUAGGUAGGAAAAAAAAAUUUCCCAAAGAGACAAAAAAAUAAAAUAACUAAAAAAAAGAAAAUAAUAAUAACGAAUAAAUCUCUGUCUUCAACUGCCAUUCCAAAUCUAAGCCUACUAGUACGCCCCUUCAUUCAUCACAGGUCUGGUGCUCAGAGCUCAAACAAUGUUUCUCCCAAUUCCCAAAAUAGCCCUCCCUUCUUCUCUCCUCCCUUCUUUGGAGGAGAAUUCAUCAUCCUCAUUCUCUCUUGGUUAGCUAUCCUUUCUUCCUUUCAAAUCUGCAAUCUAGAAAAACCAUAGAAUUGAAGAGAUUCUUGUUGCAUAAAUUGCUCCUUCCCUGGCUUGGCAAUGGAGCAACUUCGUCAAGUCGGAGAAGUUUUGGGGAGUUUAAAGGCAUUGAUGGUGUUCAGAGAUGAGAUUGGGAUAAACCAGAGACAAUGCUGCUUGUUGGCUGAUGUUUCCAAUCUUGCAUUUGAGGUGAUUGCAGAGGAAAUCAGGCAGAAUCUCAAGUUUGAUGAGAAAAGCAUGAAGUGGAAGAAUCUUGAGAAUCCACUAAGGGAAUUGCAGAGAAUACUCCGAGAAGGCGAGCAAUUCAUUAGGCAGUGUGCCGAGCCGAAGGAUUUGUGGGCGAAAGCUCUAUCAAUGCAUCAAAACACAGAUUGUGUCGAUUUCCAUCUGCAUAACUUGUUAUGGUGCAUUCCUGUUGUUCUUGAGGCAAUUGAAACUGUUGGAGAGAUCUCUGGUUGUGACCAAGAAGUGAUACAUAAGAAACGAAUCAUCUAUUCGAAGAAGUAUGAGAGGGAAUGGAUGGAUCCCAAACUCUUCCAGCACAAAUUUGGGUUGCAGUAUUUAGUCUCUCAAGAGAUAUGUCAUAGAAUGGACAAUGUCUUGAAAGAGGACAGAUGGCUUUUCUCAGAAAUGGUCUCUGAGAAGAGGAAUUCGGUAUCGUUGCCUUUAACGAAGCAGGAAAACAACAUUGCUGAGCUUCUUAUUGGUUCCAAAGGAAAGAUGUUUCCGGCCUCGGUUCUUGUUGGGUCGAAAGAGUAUCAAGUGCGGAGACGAUUAGGAAACGACUAUAAGGAGGUACAGUGGAUGGGGGAGAGUUUUGCUCUUCGGCAUAUCUUUGGUGAGGUUGAGCCUUUGAGACAUGAGAUUUCUCUGUUAUCGUCGUUAAUGCACACAAAUGUCAUGAAUGUCAAGUAUGCAUUCUCCGAUGAAGUGAAGAAAGAGAGCUUUCUUUUGAUGGAACUCAUGACUAAGGAUUUGUCGAACCAUAUCAAGGAGAUAUGUAGUGCUAGGAGAAGAAUACCUUUUCCGUUGCAGGUUGCAGUGGAUAUAAUGCUCCAAAUUGCAAGGGGCAUGGAGUAUUUGCACUCACACAACAUGUAUCAUGGAGAAUUGAAUCCUUCCAACAUCCUAGUAAAAUCAAGAAACUCCCCGGAUGGCUACUUACAUGUAAAAAUCACCGGUUUUGGAUUUUCGGCUUUGAAGCAUUUGAAAUCCUCAUCAAAUAAAAAAGAUGUGAAUCCCUGCAUCUGGUAUGCACCUGAGGUUCUUGUUGAUCAAGAUCAAACAUCAUCGGGGACUUCUAGUCAUUCCAAGUACACAGAGAAAGCCGAUGUUUAUAGCUUUGCGAUGAUUUGUUUUGAACUUCUGACAGGAAAAAUCCCCUUUGAAGAUAGUCAUCUUCAAGGUGAAAAGAUGAGCAGAAAUAUAAGAGCAGGGGAGAGGCCAUUGUUUCCAUUUCCAUCUCCCAAGUACCUUACCAACUUAACAAAAAGAUGUUGGCACACUAAUCCAAAUGUCCGACCAAGCUUUUCUUGCAUCUGUAGAGUUCUUCGGUAUACCAAGAGGUUUCUAGUUCUGAACCCUGAUCAAGGUAUUCCUGGACUGGCUCCACCUAUGGACUUCUUUGAUCUUGACAUAAGUUUGUCGAGGAUAUUCAAGACCAAGACAACAACAGGAAUAAUGAAGGUUCCUGAAAUUCCUUUCCAAAUGUUCGCUUAUAGAGUCAUAGAAAGGGAGAAGACUAGUAUGAACAUCAAAGACAAGAGUUCGGACUCAGGAAGUGAAGGGACACCGAUAGGCAGCGAGGAAGCUGCUUUUGGCAUGAACAUCAAUGAUGAUUCUUUCUCGUCUCUGGAUGUCUUGAAGCAUUCUUCCAGUAUCAGUUCUGAAAACAACAAGAAAUCAUUUGUGAGAAAGUUAGAAAGCAAGUCUAGAACAUUUUCAGCGCAAAGUCCGAAAGGAAGAGUAAAGCCACCGCAGCUAAUGCACUGUGGUCGUGGCUUCAGAACAAAAUCAGAGAGCUACGCAAGAACUAUGAUUAUGAGCCCAGGACGCCGGAGGACGUACGGGCAUGUUUCUGACCCAGAAUUUGCAUAGGUGCGGAGCUUGCAUAUCUAACCGAAGUUCUUGUUUUGCCAUUCUGAUACUGUAAACAUUAAAACAAGUGUUGU